AUGGUUCAGGAGGCCAUCACCCGGGUCGACUCUAGCGAGCGUUCCAGCAAUGAUCAAAACAGUGCCGAGAAGGGAUACUUUGAGCAAGUUGACCUCCAGAACAAUGUUUCAGCGAGGAUCAAGAACCCUUUGGCCAGCUUGACCAAGAAUCAGGUUCUGCGCGACGUGGAAGAGUUUGCCGAGGAAUACAACGUGACAGACAUCCUAUCCGAGUUGAAAAAAGGAGCGCUAGUUGCGCGUGAUCCUACCGAAUUUGAGACAGUGGCAGACUUGACUGAGCCUGAGCUUACUGCCCUGCAUGACGAAGUGCUUCAUAAAUGGCGCCAGCCUAGAUCACUUUACUUCACCAUCAUGCUGUGCUCUAUUGGUGCAGCCGUGCAAGGAUGGGAUCAGACUGGCUCCAAUGGUGCUAACCUGUCAUUCCCUGAUGCUUUUGGUAUAUCAGACGAUCCCAAAAAGAGCGCUCAGGCCGAGCUGAACCUAUGGCUCAUCGGUAUCGUCAAUGCUGCUCCCUACAUCGCCAGUGCUUGCCUUGGAUGCUGGCUCUCGGAUCCAUGUAAUCGGAUCCUGGGCCGCCGCGGUACAAUCUUCAUCUCGUCUAUCUUUUGCGUCAUUACCCCCAUUGGCUCUGCAGUUGCCCAGAACUGGGUACAGUUGUUUGUGGUCCGUCUUCUCUUGGGUAUUGGAAUGGGUUUGAAGGCCUCGACAAUUCCAAUCUUUUGCGCUGAGAAUACUCCUGCUGUUAUCCGCGGUGGUCUGGUCAUGUCCUGGCAGCUUUGGACCGCUUUUGGCAUUUUCCUCGGAUUUAGUGCCAACCUUGCUGUCAAGGAUACUGGCAAAAUAUCCUGGCGUCUACAGCUCGGAUCGGCCUUUAUCCCGGCUAUCCCUCUCCUUUUGGGGGUUUACUUCUGUCCAGAGUCACCUCGAUGGUACAUUCGACGUGGCGAGAUGAGCAAGGCGUACCGGUCUCUGUGCCGUCUCCGUAACACGCCUUUGCAGGCUGCUCGCGACCUUUACUACAUCCAUGCCCAGAUCAAGAUUGAGAUGGACUUAAUUGGCGAGAGCAACUAUGUCACCCGCUUCAUUGAGCUGUUCACUAUCCCUCGUGUCCGUCGUGCCACUCUUGCUUCGUUCGUUGUCAUGAUCGCCCAGCAGAUGUGUGGUAUCAACAUUGUUGCUUUUUACUCGUCGACUGUCUUUAAAAACGCCGGUGCAAAUGAUACACAGGCUUUGUUUGCCUCCUGGGGAUUUGGGUUGGUUAACUUUGUGUUCGCUUUCCCUGCCAUCUGGACCAUCGAUACAUAUGGCCGCCGGACUCUUCUUUUAUGGCAUGGACUUUGCUUGGGGCUGCUUUCUGCUUCUGGACUCCCCGAGGGUACGGGUCACCUGGCUUCAAUCGCUUUCUUCGUGUUCCUGUUCGCUGCAUUCUAUUCGCCCGGUGAAGGACCCGUGCCGUUCACUUAUUCGGCGGAGGUAUUCCCUCUGUCCCAUCGUGAGGUUGGCAUGUCCUGGGCUGUGGCAACCUGUCUAGGUUGGGCUGCCGUGCUUGGAAUCACGUUCCCCAAAAUGUUGAGUGCAAUGACUGCCACUGGAGCAUUUGGAUUUUAUGCUGGGCUGAACGUGACUGCAAUGGUCAUGAUUUUCCUUUGGGUUCCCGAAACCAAGCAACGCACUCUGGAAGAGCUGGAUUAUAUCUUCGCAGUUCCUACUCGGGUGCACAUGAAGUAUCAAGUCACCAAAGCGCUACCAUACUGGUUCAAGCGAUACAUUUUCCGCCAGAAUGUUGAGCUGGAGCCUCUUUAUCAGUUUGACCAUAUUGCGAGUGGUAAUGAGGAUAGUGUUGUUUCUGACCAUGUUAAGUCUAGGGAAAAUGUGCUCCACAAGGUUUUCGCAGCAUCCAUGGUUGCUGGGGGAUCAGCUAAUGUGGAGAGAUAUGAUCAGGACAAGUUCAAUAUUAGUAAUAUAAUUAGUAUAUAUAAUAGUAAAUAG